CUUUGCUAUGUGCCAUCUUCCAAGCUAUGACGCGAAAUUCAGUUAUAUUUCAUGACCCAGCGAGCUAGCUUUUAUCUAUAAUAAUUUUAUACAUAUCUACAUGCCAUUAUUAUUCUUUAAAUUGAAAUCCAUUAUUGCAGCCGCUUAUAAAUACGUCAUUCAUUCCUUUCGUUCAUCUCAACACAGAAACAAACACCUUUCACCCUUCUUUGAUCGAUUCAAAACCCCUCUGUUCAGCUAUGGGUUCCUCUUCUGUAUCAGAAACCAAGAAUAUUCAAGAAGUUAGUGGGAAAUUUGUUCCGAAUGAACACGAUGCUCUGCAGAGGCAUGUAGCAUUCUUCGACAGGAAUCACGAUGGCAUUGUUUAUCCUUGGGAGACCUUUCAAGGUUUUCGUGCAAUUGGGUCUGGCCUCAUCUUGUCCUCGUUCAGUGCUAUCUUCAUCAACUUCGGUCUCAGUCGGCAGACUCGCCCGGGAAAGUCGUUUUCUCUGCUGUUUCCGAUUGAAGUUAGAAAUAUUCACAAAGCCAAACACGGCAGUGACUCAGGCGUCUACGACAGUGAAGGAAGGUUUGUUCCCUGUAAGUUUGAAGAGAUUUUCAUCAAGCAUGCACAUACUAAUCCCAAUGCUUUGACAUCCGACGAACUGAAUGGGCUGCUCAAAGCGAAUAGGGAAUCAAAUGAUCGCAGAGGAUGGUUGGCUGCCUGGACUGAAUGGAAGAUCCUGUAUUUGCUUUGCAAGGACAAGCAUGGUUUACUGCACAAAGAAACCAUUAGAGCUGUUUACGAUGGGAGCUUGUUCGAGCGUAUGGAGAAGGAAAGAUCAGCUGCAGCAGCCAAGAAGAAAGAUAUUGUCUGAAAAGAAAAAUGGCAUAACGCUCUGGUCAGCCAUUUGGUUCUGCUGAGUGGAUGAUGUAAUUAGCUGAAAGUAUAUUGGUUGUGUGUGUGUGUAGACGAACAAUGUAAGCCCGUAUAUUAUGGUUUGUAAUAUUGUUUUAUGAUGUACAUUGGUCCUUGUUCUUCGAUUGUCUUA